CUGUUCUCCUUGCUCACAACUGACACACCUAGCAGUGUAGUUGCGUAGGGAGUUUUGCAGUAGUGGAGAAAGCGAUUUAGGUGUUCUGGACGAUCUUUUUCGGUUAUUGACAGCAGUUUUGCAUCUCGAUCACAAAGAGGAUCAUGGCGGUUCUCUGCAUUCUCAGCUGCAUUGUGGCGUUGGCAGUGUCGUCAAUGGCAGAUGAGCGAACGGCUGUAGUGACCCUGUACAGGGGCAAUGAGGUUGUGGGGAACAUCACAUUCCUACAGGAACAGGACGGCGGCGCAGUGAAGUUAAGCGGAACGGUGAGCGGCCUCACACCCGGGAAGCACGGUUUCCACGUCCACGAGAAGGGUGACAUCCGCAAUGACUGCGUUGCCGCUGGUGGACACUUCAACCCCGAGAAGAACACCCAUGGUGCCCCCAAUGACACGGAGCGCCAUGUGGGUGAUCUAGGUAACAUCGAUGCUGGUAACAACGGUAUCGCCACUAUCAACAUCACAGACAACGUUAUUUCGCUUCGUGGCGCCCACAGCAUCAUCGGGCGCGCCCUCGUGGUGCACAACGGAACUGAUGACCUGGGGAAGGCAGGCACGGAAGAGAGUAAGAAGACGGGAACUGCCGGCAGCAGAGUCGCCUGUGGAGUUAUCGGCAUCCAUUCGCCCGUGACUCCAUGGGAAAGAGGAGCCGCGACGACGAUCUUGCAGUCUGCGACGACGGUGGUGCUAUCUGUCUUUGUGGUCUCUACACUGAUGUGAAGCGUAAUGAUCGCCAAUUGGGUCUUUUUAAUGUGAGAAAGGAGAUGGAACGUACGUAAGACAUGCCAGCUGGGAGACUGAUCGUUUGGACAUGCUCGUAGCGACUCGAACUCGUGUCUUUGUCGUUAACAAAGCUUCCCCCAUCGUUACUGUUCGCAGCACUUCAUAGGUUUUAGAAUAAACGUAUUUCUAGUUUGUGCUAAAAUGAACGCCAAAUUCAAGCCCUCUUUUAAUUUUUCCCCAAAUUCAAUUUAUAUUGACAAUCUGGAAAAUGAAGUCCAUGGUGAUUGAUCGUUAAAUCUGGAACUAUAUCGGCGAUUUUACUUCGGGGAGGAGGCGGUUAAAAGUAAAAAGAAAUCAAUCUGAACAUUAAGAUAUGCAACCGAAGUUGCACGCAGUUGACGUAAUAUUGUCAGUUUAUCUCCCUUCUAAUUCCAUUUUAUCAGAAUAAAUCAAUUUUACAUACAAUCAAGCGUUUGUAAUUAUCUGGAAAUAAUAAUUAAACGGACGUGAAGAAUAAUUUUGUUGCGGAAGGGAACAACUGAGUAAUGUGUUUUUACCUACUUUGAUUUUAUGUUCAUUUUAGAAGUUUUAUUUGAAUUGCUUUUGUUAUUCAUAUCUUCACGACUCACGCAACUUCACCGGCCUCCAUAUCUUAUUUAUGCUUAGCCAUAAUUUUAUUCUUACUAUUCUCCUAUUAGUUGUGUAGUUUGAUGCUGUCUCCACCUGCCCUCGCUCAUUCUGCAGUCUUUCCAUCUCUUCCUACAUGCGGUAAUCUUUUCUGAUUCAUUGCCGACCUUAAGUAGCAGGCUCUGUCGCGCUGUGGGUCUUACAAUGUUCUGCUUUGUUGCAUAUCUGUUGGACUUCCUCUCUGCCAUCUCCUGCCCAUGUCUCAUACCGCUCUUUACCAGCGUUCUGAAUGCCCCAGAAGUCUAGGUCCAUAGGUGACCUCAGUUAUUUGGUCAAAUACGGAAAAGUUUUGGGAUACAUGUACUUGUAAUUUGAGAACUGUACUAGGUGGCGUUAUUUUGAGACUUGCCUGCGAAACAUUCAAAUUAUACGUGUAGGCAGCAGAAAUGUAUGUAGGAUAUGAGGUUCGCACUGAGGUGACUGCGAAGUGUGUGGUGGGUAAUAACGUCGUGUAGUUCGGAGAAGCGGGCCUUUUCAAAGUAACAUCCCCUCCCCUUCAGGUUCAAAGAAUAAGCAAAGAAAAAAAACAGCCUGUCGACUCUGAAGAUGGAGGGGACAUGUUCCUUCGAAACGUCUGGUUGUCUCCGAACUGUAGGAUGUUAACAACGCAGAAGACCACACACUUUAACAGAAUUACAUGCUUGGCAUUUUCCCCCUUUGAUCACAAUAAUAUUAAUGUGUAGCUUCACAAGCAAAGUAACUGAGUAUAUGGCACAGCAGAAAUUCAACAUAAUAAUAGAGUUUUUGUGACUCUGUGAUUUAAAUUGUAAUGAAACAGUGGCUGUUUUCGACUCGCGGAAUUUACGUUGGCAGAAAUAAGUAACUGAGAGUUACAGGCACCGAUUUCUGUCUCCGGAGGUUUGCCCAGGUGAAAUUGUUUUGUUUAACCGUUACAACAAUGUAACAGCAGAUUUGCUGUGGCCAGAAGCUCGUUGGGGUUUUUCUCUUGGGUGCCCCAUCGCAUCCAGACCAAGUCUGAGGCCAUCCAGUUCACGGGGCGGGGCGGGGGUUGCGAAUAUAGACACUUAAUCGUCCUCUGACGGGUUCAUGCUGGGCAUGAUUUAUUUGUCGGGUAAGUUCUCCAUUUUGCGAAAUUUAAACAAUUUACUUUUCAUCACUAGCUCCCUAACACAGCCAUAGUCAAUUAGAAAUGAAAAUUUCCAGCAAAAAUACUAUAUUCUAGGAAGUGACAUUGUAUAGGCCGGUAGAUUUCAACUGACGUUUCGGAGGAACCUGCUGCUUCCAUAUUCAGGAUUGAAGAUUGAGCCAAGCGACUAGCAACAACGAAAAAACGAACAGAGUUCUGCGUGCUACCAGUUUCUUAUUUCUUAUUUACUGUCCAUGUCUGGUGUACUGAAGAUUAAGGCAGUACGUCCCUCCGAAACAACGCUGAACUUCUACACUGUGUAACAUCGCAGAAGGUUGUACCCAUCAUAGUCACUGUUGCAAGAACCCCAAAUCCGAAAAUGUUCGUGAUGAUAUAUCAACGCAAAGCCCUUAAAAUUUUGCAUAACUUACAAAAUGUUAACUGACUGCAGUUUAUGUGAUGGGAACAGAACAAGGGUCUGUUGGGAGAGAGAACGUGGACAUUAUUUCUUUAAGAAGACCGACGUUUCGAUAAUAAUAUAGUGAUUAUAAUAAUUUACUUUACAAUUUAGAGUUCCAGUUCUUACAUUUGCACACAAAAUUGUAGGAGUGCUGAUGUUUCGAAUUAUGAGGAGGCAAAAUUCAUAAGUUGCCGUACUGUAAUUGUGUUUAAAAUGUAGCUACUCCACUUAUCUUUACGUUUAGUAUGUCUGUAUUAGGUGGUUGAAUUAUAAACAACAUAUAUAUAUAUAUAUGUUGUGGCUGAGCUCGGAAGUGUGAGGGAACUUGCGUAGCCUCAUGUAACGUACUUUAACAGGCGUAGCAGUCCACACGUAACUGGAUUCCGUGUACUCAGUGUGAUAUACAUGUAAAUGUUCUCAACAGAAAUGUACACAGAAUAAUACAAACUUUCUAUAUAACGGUGUUUUGUAUGUAUAUACACGUAAUAUUAUAUUUACGCGAUGGGGGGGGGGAGUUGAAUAAAUUAUAUAUUUUAAGGAUAUCGUCAGAAUUCAUUUAAUCAAAAUCUGAUCAGCCGAACCACCAAAUACUUAAACUCAAAGCCAUGAAUUCAUUAACUCUUUUUAUGUGUAUCAUUAAAAUCUGUUAGGACUGUAAGUUGUAACUUGUAAGUGUAUGUAUUAAUUGCUCUUUAUUUUCAAACAGAACAUUUCACAAUGAAACUUCAGGAGGUAAUUUAUCUUCACUGUGCUUAGUACUGACAGAAAUAUUUUCCUUCUAUUCCUCCUCCUCCCCCCAUUUUCUGUCCCUCCCUCCUUCCCUCCCGUUUUCUGUGUUCUUUCUUGGUUUUAUUUUAUUUUCCCUGCUCCCUUCUUUCCAGCCUUACUUCCUCUUUUUCUUUCUCUUGGUUUCGGAAGUGUGCUGUGUUUGAUUUGCCGCUGCAACUGACAACUGAAUGAAGACAUUGAAGAGUUGGUCAUACUGUCCGCCUAUAAGUAGAAGACUGUACAGAAACAUCCGAAUGUUGGCAGCAGCUGCCUGUCUGUUCACGAAGUCAUUAAAUCCCUUUCCGUUUUAAACUAAUGCUUCACUGUGAACAAAAUUACUUAAGCGAAUCUUCAACUUCGUACCUCUGUUUUGGAAUGGGAGCGCCGAAGAUAUUUGAAAUGAAAAUAUCUAUGUGUAUGUAUAUAAGCGUAUAUGUAUGUGUACAUAUUUAUUAUUUAUUUUACAUCUAUAUUUAAUUGAGUUUGCACAUAAUAAAUUCACAUACACACAUAGAAACCGAAGAUAAAUUUCUCACGACAUAAGACCAAGAUCUCCUCAGCUGGAUAUAGUAAUAGAGCACAUAAUAUCGUUAAGAAAAUAUUUUUAAUAAGUUAAAAUGUUAUCUCCACCCGAUAAAUCAGUCAUCAAGUGUCGCUGGAUUUGAGGUUCUCGAAGCAACCUCUACGACGAAUACUAUUCUCCGGCAUGUAACGCCGUGUAGUCCGAUAUAAGAUCGCGAACCUUUCGAAGGAGCAUACGUUCUCCACCUUGAAGCCCGAAGACGUGAUAAUGUGUGAGCAAGAGCAAGCGGCAAACAGCAAGCUGACUGAGCAAAACAUGGCUAGAGAUGGCCAACAGGUGCAAGGAAAUGACUAAAGAACGAAGCGUGCCGUGCGCACGCGCGCUAUUGUUAAUGAAAUUAAAUCGUCUUAGGAAGCAACUUCUUCAUUUAUGAAUUACCGGAAAGGGCAUGGCGGAAAGAAUAUAUACAUGGCACUCGGGUAUUUCUAAAUAAAUCCUGACGUGUUUAAUACUUUUCAAGAUUUAUCGAAGAGAAAGGCUGGCUCCUUUUGCUAUGAACACAUUAUGUGAUUUAUAGUAUUAUAAAAAAUAAACUCUUCUGACAACUCUUUGACAUUCCAUGAUAAUAAUUUGUGAUUUAUGUUACAUUAUAACGGAAGUGCACACGUAUAAACAUGUGGAGGUCUCUCUUUCAUAAAUCAGUCUUAGCUCAGAAAGAGAAAGUAUAAAGGACGCAGAAACAAGUCUAUUCUUAUAAUUCGGUUAUGUAUUUUUUAUCACGGCAUAUCGACGUCUAUUUUAAUAAUGAGGCAGAAUCAAAAGCGAGAGAAGCCUCUGAACAGUUUCCAAUGCCUUUUUUUCGGAUUUAUUUAGGCUGAUUUAUUAGCUAAAACGUUAAAUUGGUUUGUAUUGUUAUAUAAAUCAGUUGUAAUAAAUAUUAUUAAGUUUUCAUCCAAUUAAAAUUGUAAUGUGAACAUAACACCAUCAUAUGGUUGUGAGGACGUCAGAUGGUAGUGCUUUCGAACUGUGCUGUAUUUAUUCUCUGAUGUAGCGAACUUGUUAAAUGAAUCUGUGUAAGUGUAAUAUUCUUAACUUCAAAAAAUCUAAAAGAUAUGUAAAUAAAUGUAGUAAGUUGAUUACAAACA